UUUUUAAAUGUGACCGAUUCCCAUUUCCCACUCUCUCCUCAUUGAGCUAUCCAAGCAAAGGAAAGGAGGCUUCUCUUUCUCUCUUUUGUAUCUGUCAUUUCAUAUAUUUCUCCCUUUCUACUUCUCCCCUUUCCUAAUUCCUCCUCCUCUUCUUCUCCUUUAUCUCUGUUUUUCUCUAUGAGAGACCUAAACAGAGGGAAAACAGGGGAGCCAUGAAGAACACCAUCCGCUGUUGCAUCGCUUGCAUUCUUCCUUGUGGAGUUCUUGACGUGAUUCGGAUAGUUCAUUCCAAUGGCUAUGUGGAAGAAAUUAGCGGCACCAUCAGAGCCAGCGACAUCAUGAAGGCCCAUCCCAAGCAUGUCCUCAAGAAACCCUCACCGCCUUCCGAUGACAAGAUGGUUCCGAAGAUCGUCAUAGUCCCACCGGAUGCAGAGCUCCAACGUGGGAAGAUUUACUUCCUCAUGCCGGUCCCUCCAACCCCUCCAGAAAAGAAAGCAUCCUCAACAACCAAGAAGAAGAAAAGAGAGAGUGAUGUCAAAGACACCAGCAGCGGCGGGACUGGAACCAACAGCCACCACCACCGAAGAGCAAGCAGCACGAAUAAGAACAAUUCCAUUUCCAUGACGAAUCUUCUAGUUUCCGAUCAGUACUUGAGCGAGAUACUGUCGGAGAAGAUUUCAACUCAAAGGGAUCGCCGGAGAGGCAGAGUUGCUGUGUGGAGACCUCACUUAGAGAGCAUAUUGGAGUCUCCAAACGAUGCAUAAAACCAGAAUCCUGUUAAGAAUUGUAAUGAAUUUCAUUACAGUUCUUGUUUAUUUAAUUCAUUCUUAGAGAAUUCAUCCAUUAGGGUACCUGAGACAGAGUCCCCUGGUUUUAAUCUUGUCUCCGCUUUUAAUUUUCCUUUCAUCUCUCUUUUUUGUUGUUGUUGUUGUUGUUGUUAUUGUAUAUAGAGGCAUCGGAGAAAAAAAAUAACAAUGCAAAAAGAGAGAUGGGAUCUUGAGCUUCUUGUGAUUGGAAAUUUCAGUCCCGACCUCCUGGGGCCAACAAAAAGGGGGAUAUCAUAGGCAUGUGCCUGAAAAUUUGCUGUACCAUUUGGUUCAGUUCCUAUGUACCAUGGCAUGUGCCAGAAAAUUUGCAGACACUGAGACUCAGUUUGAUCCACUGAACCCAAUUUUGUUUUCUCUUCUCCUUUUCUUUUGCACCAUGUUCUGUUUCUUUCCCUUUUCUUGGAAACUAUAUUUCAUUACACAUAUAAAAGCUUCUAAUGCAU